CUGCGCUCUGGGACAACAGAUACAACAAGUAUUGCAGAGCAUCGCUGCCAUUUAGACUAGGUGGAAUCCCUGGUAGAGUGUUCCGCCAGCUUGGCAUAGUGCCUGUGUCUCCCAGUCUUAUUCUCCUCUUUAUCAGUGAUGAAGCCCUGCUGUACCUGAGAUCCCCUAUCUCUUUUGUUGAGUACCCUGGUGUCUAUGGCCCAACUCAAG